AUGGUGGGCGCAAGGGAGCUGACCCCGGUUGAAUACAAGAUGCUGUCUGAAUGCGCUGAAAUGAUUGUCGACUGUGCCUGGUGUCUUGCGCACGGUAUGCAUCCGCAUAAGACCCAGGCCGUCAUUCGCAGCCGCGACGCACUGAGAUUUCCACCCUCGAGAUGGCCCAACCGCCUGGCGAGGAAGACCGCCAUUCCGUUCAACAGUUAUCCGAACCCACUGCAUGCACUUUCAUCUUGUCGUUACAUGGUACAGGUCACAUCGUGCUACCGAGUCCAAGAGGCCGAGAUCAUCGUGUGA